CGUUGCAGUGAUGGGCAAGCGCAAAUGGGAAGUCUUAUAUUUGAAACUGAAAACAUUGACAAAGAUCGAAAUGGUGGCACUGAAGAGGGAGAACCAGCAAUGGCUUCCUUCGCUGGACACAAUGUCAGUGGGCCCCGCCCUUGCCAACGCCAUCAUGAAAGCCAUGGCAAAUAAGGGCAGGAUAGAGUUUCGCCGGCGCGCUGCGUGGUUCUAUUGCUGGCUACUAACAGGGCGGCGUCACACCGGUCUGUGGCUCUUUUUACGCAUCGAGGAGGCGACAAGGGAUGACCAGGAUAGGCGCAGCAACCAGGGCAACAGAGGCAACAAAGAUGACAAGGAGAGAAAGGAUGAGAACAAGAACGACAACGAGGAGGACGAAGACAACAAGGGUCCGAACCCGGGUGGCGCUGUUCUUGACGCCGAAUCUGCUUUCAAGGAUAGUGCGGAGUAUUUGUCGAAAUAUAUUAACUGCAACGUGACCGUAGAGUGCAUCGAAAAGAACGGUGCCGUUUAUGCGUGCAUGCUGGUUAAGAAAGUGCAGGGCAGCACUGCCAAGAUAUACCGAGCCUAUCUGGUCAUCUCGCAGAACAAGACGCUACUGGCCAUAGGCGUUCCGAGGUCGGGCGUGCCGAGUUUGAAGCGUGGACUGCUCUAUGGUUUGGAAGCAACGAUUCCGCAAAAUUUCGCGGUAAAGCCUUGGCGUCUGCAAACAAGCUACUUUGACAGGGCGCUACUGGAGAGGCUUCAACGGAACGAACAAACUGUCUACCCACGUAGGGAUUCCCUGGCUAAGGGCUCUACAGAUGAAGACUCUGGAGAUGAGGACUCUACGGAUGAAGAUUGCUGGGAUGAGGACUCCUUGGAUGUCUCUGGGGAGGAAGACCCUGCACAAUUUGAGCAAACGCUUAAGGAGUCUAUGGUCGUCCCUUUACAGGAAGCACCUCAACCUCGAUCCUCAAACACAAGCACACCUGGCGCCUCUUUCAUGGAAGUGGACUGCGGGGUUCCUUUUGACAAAGUUGGUUCGCAGACAAGUUCCUCGAGUGACAGCAAGUCGGGGCUAAGCAGUCGCACUCGCAAGAGAACCCUUGUGGUUCCCGUUGCCGGCGAAGAUUGGCGGCCUGGCCGUUCUAGAGACAGUGAAGCUCGGGUUGAGCCUGGUGACCGGCCUGCUGAAAAUGCUGAAGACGAAGUUGGCGCAACAGCGCCACGGCAGAAGAGAGUCUCCAGGUUGCCAGUUCUGAAGCGGGAACCUGGGUUUCAAGAAGGUGUGCCAAGCAAGGACUUGAAGAGCAAUGUCAUGAAAGGGCCUGCUGAAAUGGAUUCACAGGCAACUAGAAGACGAUCCUUCAAGAAGCCUGGUGGAAAAAAGAAAGGCAUCUCAACCGAAAGACGCACGGUGUAUAAGAAACUCGAGGAGCUUUGGCUUGAGAUCGCUGAAACCAGGUCCCUGUCGGAAAUGGAGGAAUUGAAACAGACCCUCGAAGAUACUUAUAACCAGCGCCGUCUAAUAGCGGCCUCACCUCUGCCCGAAUUUUUCUUGCAAGAAGAGAUUCUCUGCAUGGAAGCUAAAAUUCGAUUUGGCUCCGACAUCAAAGAACUGGAAGAGAAGCUCCGCAAUGCGCUAAAGAUCUUCUCGGAAGCACACAAUGAAGAAUUUCCAUUAGAAGGACUGACAUUGAGAGACCUCUGCCUAUACUUGGAAGACGGCACAAGUCCUUCAUUGGUUACUGAGAGAUGUGUACCCAAGCAUAUCACGGAUGAUUCGCCACGCAUCUACACGAUGGGCCGCCACCUGUGGAUUAACGCUGGUACCGCGGCGGAGACCAUCAAAAUCGCCAGUGGAAGUCUGGAGCGUGCCCUAGUACUGUGCCUGGUACUCUACUACGUCAAGUACCUAGAUUACCCGGAGGCGUUCUGGCGAGUCUUGUAUGUGCUGCAGUUGGUCCUUAAUCCGAGCGAUGAUCCACCCACCCCUCCGACAGGACGUAACGGGCAGACGUGUGAAGUGACGGAGAAAAUGCGCUGCCUCGUAGACUUACUCACCAGUGAGGAAGAUACAAGCGAAUCAAAAGGAGUGACGUUGGCAAUUUGUCCUCGAACAGACGUGCUUUGACCACCGAUGCAUAUGCUUUGAAAGCAUCAAGGCUUAUAUUUACCAAUCCGUAUACCUUUAGUGGUCUGCUUAUUCAAAGUGACCUGACUU